AUGUUCGCUGCCAUCCGACAAUUGAAAGAUGAAGCUGGAAUGGUAACAGAUAUUGACCGUCGCAAAUGCUCUCGACGAGUUCCCAUGAAGGCCCUAGUUCUUGGGAUGCCGCGUACAGGCUCGACUUCCCUCAAAAGUGCAUUAGAGAUGCUAGGAUACUUCAAUGUUUAUCAUGGAGAGGACGCAUUCUUCCUCAACCCGCGGGACUGUGAUAUGUGGAUGGAGGCUUUACAUGCCAAGUACGAUGGGAGAGGCACGAACUUCACGAGAAAAGAAUUCGAUCAACUUUUGGGACACUGUCAGGUAGUCUCAGAUAUGCCGGCGAUCUGCUUUGGGCCCGAGCUGGUGGAGGCCUACCCGGAAGCAAAGAUCAUCUUACCCGUUAGGGACUUUGCUGGAUGGGAGAAAUCUGCAAGGCGCUUCAAUGAUUAUUUCUCAUCCACAUCUCCGAUCUUUUUCGAAGUUCUAAACAAGGCCCUGUUCAUGGAAGACCGCCUUUCCUUGCCAACUUUUAGAAAGGCAUGGCAGGUUCUAUUCAAGGGCGACUUUUCUCAUAACAGUCGUCAGUGCUAUGAGGAGCAUUAUAGUGCCAUCUCCAGCUCUACUCCAAAGGACAGGCUUAUGUACUGGAAUGUCAAGGACGGCUGGGGUCCUCUUUGCGAAUUCCUCGACCAGCCUAUUCCUGAUACUCCGUUCCCACAUCUUAAUGACGCUCGUGCACUGGAAGAGAGCAUGCAUCCUUCUCAUCUUCUUAUGGUGAUGCGGUAUGCCUUCAGGGUGACUCACAUUGCAGCCUAUGCAUGUUUGAUCUGGGCCUCGUGGAGACUUCUCUUUCGAUAG